CCUUUACGAGUGUUUAUAAAAGAGAAGUAGGAAAGAGAGAAGAAACAAAUAAUCAAAGUGGGGUAUGGAUAAUAAGGCCCAAAGUGCAUGUUGGGCGUCCAUCAUUCAAGAAAUCCUAAUCCAGAUCUUCUCAAACCUGGAUUUUGCUUCUCUGGUAUCGGUAUCUCGUGUCUGCCGUUCGUGGCGCUGCGUGGCCCAUUUUCAAGAGUGCUGGGAUCGUAUCUACUUCGCUCAUAAUGAAAUAUUCUUAGAAAACAACAUCAAAGAGAGCCUAGUACCCGAUCAUCAAGCAAGGCUCUGUAGGGAGUCGGUUUACGUUAUCAGAUAUGCUGGAUUCGGAGCUAAGUCGAUUUUCGUCAGCCCGCUCGCCGAUGACAUGAUGCUUCAGAUGAUUGCAGACAGGUGCCCAUCAAUUGAAUCAAUAUCCCUUCGGGGUUGUGAACGUAUCUCAGAAACCGCUUUUCUCAAGUUAAUCCGCACUUGCAAGGACCUGAAACUCGUCGACCUUAAACUUUGGUUGGCAGUCUCUGCCUCAACGAUUGAAGAAAUGGGUCGAUCUUGUCCGAGCCUGGUGGGCCUCAACUUAGGUGGUCAGCAAGUGACAACAGCAAUGGCAAUAGCCAUAGGAAAAUUCAUGCCCAAGCUCAAGUGGCUCAACCUCAACAAUGCCAUUAUAUCCAGUAACAUUCUUUGUAGCAUUCUAGACUCAUGCACUGAGCUAGAAUAUGUUAGUGCCUUAUGGUCUCAUGGACUGUUCAUGUAUGAUGAGCUGAGGAGCAGAGCUAACAGAAUUGCAGAGUUCAAGCACUCACAUCAUGAUCCUACCGACCCUCAAGUAGUUGAAUUCUACUACGGCGCUGACCUUUGGUAUCCUUAAUGUUAUAGUAGAGUAGGCUUAAUUGCAGUUAAGAUACUUUCGAGUUCAUUGGACACAAAAAGAUGUAAAUUUAAAUAACUACUGUGCUAUCAAUGCUAGGAGAAAUAUUAGAA